AAAGAAAUUAUCUUUGUCCUUUCUUUAUGGGUAAAAUGAAGGCUUAGAGUACUCAAAUUCCCGACGAAAUUCAACUGUGAUCAACCGUAAUCGUGCUGCUCCCACGCCGGUUUCUCAUCGGAGAUUCGCCAUGAAGUAUCGUUAUGCAAUGGUUUGUUCAUCUAACCAGAAUCGAAGCAUGGAGGCUCACUCUAUCCUCAAAAGCAAGGGCUUCAACGUUUCAUCCUAUGGAACUGGGGCUCACGUCAAGCUUCCCGGACCUUCUCUCCGAGAACCUAAUGUAUACGAUUUUGGUACUCCCUACAAGCACAUGUUUGAUGAUCUCCGCCGAAAAGAUCCUGAACUAUACAAGCGUAAUGGCAUUCUGCCUAUGCUUAAGAGAAAUGCAGCAGUCAAAACGGCUCCUCAACGUUGGCAAGAUAAUGCAGCAGACGGUUUCUUUGAUGUGGUAUUUACUUUUGAAGAAAAGGUCUUUGAUAUGGUUAUUGAAGAUCUCAAUACACGUGAUCAUGUCCUGAUGAAAACUGUACUGAUUGUAAACUUGGAGGUAAAAGAUAACCACGAGGAGGCAGCUAUAGGAGCACGGCUUACUUUUGAUCUUUGCCAGGAGAUUGAACGGGCUGAAUCAUGGGAAGAUACGAUUGAUGAUAUUGUGAUUGCCUUCGAGAAACAUCAAAGAAGAAAGCUGUUGUAUAGCAUUUCCUUUUACUGAAGACACCAUGAUCCUACUGGAGUACUGAAUAUGUGCUGCUGCAACUGUAAGCAUAUUGGUCAUUUUAUUCGGUUGCUCUUGUAGUAGUUCUUUUCAAGAAACCAGAAACUAAAGUAGGAAAAUAGCUUGUUGGGGGAGUCUGCUUACACCAACUCUUUGUGAUUUCAGUUCAUACUUUUAAUACACUUUUUGGACCCUAAUAGUGUCUAUUGGUCCUUGAAGAUUCAAAAGUAGCGUUUUAGUCGAUGAAAUUUAUAAAAUAGUUCU